UUGCCCUUAUUUGGAACAAAUGUAUCAAUAAUUAAUUGUAUGAAUAAAGUAAUAUUAGAUAGAUUCAUUUGUGACCAAAAAUUUCGUUUGAUAAGCAGUGACAAUAUAAUUAAGUCAAUAAUUGAUAAAUCAAAAAAACAAACAAAAUCAAAUAAAUUUAUAUCAAAAGGAAAAGAUAAUAUCUUUCCUAAUUAAACUAUUAAAAGCAGUCUAACUAAUAUCAACCAAUCUUUAACGAUAUUCCAUUUAGGAAUAACAAAUCCAGCUACAUACAUUCUCUAAAUCAAAAUAACUCUCACAGAUAUGAAUUUCCAACUCUCUGAUAUUGUUUGCAUUUUACUUGGAUUCUAUAUGAUCCUUGUAAACUUAGUAACAUUUUUUACCUUCGGCUAUGAUAAGUUCGUUUCUUUAUUUGCUAGAAGUAAGAAUUACCGUCGUAUUAGUGAAAAAUUCUUAAUUAGAUUAAUCAAAGUCGGUGGACUAUGUGGAGCUAAAUGUGCUAUGAUACUUUUCAAUCAUAAAACCUCUAAGAAAUCUUUUCAAAUUAAUUCCGAUUCUCUUACAAUUCGUCUCUACAACUUCUCUUUGAUAUCCUUAUACUACAUAGCUCGUUAUGCUGAUUGAAAAAAAGGAUUCUAUUAAAAUUAUCCAUAUAGCUAAACUUAUGUAUUGGCUAGUUAGCUAGCUCGCUACUUUUAAUUUUUCGGUCAACCCUUAGCUUAGCUGAUGGAUAAAAAAGUAUUGAUACUUACUUACCAUUAAUUAAACAAAACCCUAAUUUAAUUGCAUUAGUUUAUUUCUUGUAUAUUUGUUCAUACUUAAUCUCCUUACUUACCUUACUUCUUAAAAAAUGUUUCGAUUACCAUUAAACACACAAUAAUAUUAAUUGCCAUUUUAUUUAUAUAUAAAUUUGUAUGAAGUACAAAACAAAAUCUUUUUGCCAAAACUUUGUUAUUAUAUUGGUUUGAAGAUUUUGCAGAAAAUUAGUAUUUUUUUAGUGAAUCACUAGAAUCCUUCUCAUAAAUUAAUUAAUUCGUUAUGAUAUUACAUACAUCAUAGUCUCCAUAAUAUAGAUUUCAUCAACUUCAUUCUUCAGCCAUUAUCCUUACAUAUAAUAUCAAAUCAAAAUCUUCUCAUUAUUUUUUCAAAAAAAAUCAACUAAA